CUUACAAUAAAUACAGCAAUUGUUUACAUGCACAGGUUUUAUAUGCAUCAUUCCUUCACAAAGUUUAAUCGAAAUAUAAUAUCUCCGACGGCAUUGUUUUUGGCUGCAAAAGUGGAAGAACAGCCACGGAAACUCGAACAUGUUAUUAAAGUAGCGCAUGCCUGUCUUCAUCCUCAAGAGCCACAGCUGGAUACAAAGAGUGAUGCAUACCUUCAGCAAGCCCAAGAGCUGGUUAUACUUGAAACAAUAAUGCUUCAAACUUUAGGUUUUGAGAUUACCAUUGAACAUCCACACACAGAUGUUGUGAAAUGUACGCAGUUAGUGAGAGCAAGCAAGGAUUUGGCACAGACAUCCUAUUUCAUGGCUACCAACAGUCUUCACCUUACUACAUUCUGUCUUCAGUACAAGCCCACAGUGAUAGCAUGUGUGUGCAUUCACUUGGCAUGCAAGUGGUCCAACUGGGAGAUUCCUGUAUCGACUGAUGGGAAACACUGGUGGGAAUAUGUAGAUCCUUCAGUUACUUUAGAAUUACUCGAUGAGCUAACUCAUGAGUUUCUGCAGAUACUGGAGAAAACGCCUAGCAGGCUCAAGAGAAUUAGAAAUUGGCGGGCUAAUCAGGCUGCUAAGAAGCCGAAAGGUGAUGGACAGGUGUCCGAGAAUUCGCUUCUUGGUUCAUCUUUGGUCCAGAAUUCCAUUUUGGUGGACACGGUUACUGGUGUCGCUGCGAACGCAAGUUUCCAGAAACCAUCGACGUCGUUUCCUGCGCCAGUACCUCUGACCUCAGGAAGUAUUUCCGUUCCGGACAGUCACACGCCUGAAAAUUUGGCAAUACUAGCUACAGGAAUGCGGUGUCCGAGAAUUCGCUUCUUGGUUCAUCUUUGGUCCAGAAUUCCAUUUUGGUGGACACGGUUACUGGUGUCGCUGCGAACGCAAGUUUCCAGAAACCAUCGACGUCGUUUCCUGCGCCACUACAGGAAUGCAAUGACCCACCAGGAAUGGCCUCAGCAUCAAGAACAAACAAGGACAGAACAAAUGUACUCCCAGAAGCAGGAGGCGUUACCUGCUGGUCAGUACAACAUGAACUUCCAGCCAGGGGCCUCCGUGCAGCUGCACUCUGGAGUCCAUCACAGACCCGACAAGCUGGCUGAGCAUUCUGUUGUCAAACAGGAGUAUCUCCACAAGUCAGGAAACAAACACCACGGGCAAGUUGCUGCUCCUGCAAUAAUCCCUCAAAAAAUGUCUUUGGAUAAGUACAGGGAGAAGCGCAAACUAGAAACCCUUGAACUGGAUGUGAGAGAACACUACGUAGCGACCCCCGGCGAACAGCAGCAUAAAAAACACACGCAGCCACAGCCAGGCAGCAGUUCUUCGGUGACGUCUCCUAUUAAAAUGAAAAUUCCCAUUGGAAACGCAGAGAAGCCUGAAAAACACGGGUCUGAUAAGAAAGAAAAGGCUGGCUCGCUCAAGCUCCGUAUACCCAUCCCACCCACAGAGAAGGGUGCCAGCAAGGAGGAGCUGAAAAUGAAGAUCAAGGUUUCUUCCUCGGAACGGCACAGCUCGUCGGACGAGGGUAGCGGCAAAAGCAAACACUCGAGCCCCCACGUUAGCAAAGAGCAUAAGGAGAAACACAAGGAGCACGCGCUAAACCGCCACCACGGUGCUGCCCAUAAGCACUCCCACUCGCACGGCGGGGGCGGCAGCAAGCACGGCGCCGACGGCGCGACGCCGGCUCUCCUGAGGAGUCCAGUUGGCCUGAGUACUGAUGGCAAUUCCUCUAGUUCCGGCUCUUCGAGAAAGAAGUUGCACAGCAACGAUGCUUCUCACAACCACCACUCCAAAAUGAGCAAAAGUUCCAAAAGUUCAGGUAGUUCAUCUAGUUCUUGCUCUGUUAAGCAGUAUGUAUCCUCUCACAGCUCUGUUUUUAACCUUCCCUUACCCCCUCCUCCCCCUGUCACAUACCAGGUGGGCUACGGACAUCUCAGCACCCUCGUGAAACUGGACAAGAAACCAGUGGAGAACGGUCCUGAUGCCAAUCCCCAGUACAGUACAAACAGCCAGCAUAUGGACUACAAAGAUACAUUCGACAUGCUGGAUUCGCUGUUAAGUGCCCAAGGAAUGAACAUGUAG